AUGAAUUGCAGCAAUGGGAAUGACAUGUGGGAUUGGGAAAGCCACGAGUAUUACAUUGAAGAUAACACUACAAUUGAAAUACCUAAUUCCCUGUUGAAUGGAGGGACUGAAAAUGCAGAUGAUAUAUCGUACACAUUCAACAAUGAAACUACCCCAGUUAAAGCUUGUGGAGAUUUAGCUUACCAUGUUACCAGCAAUGAAGUUAUGGAGAAAGAGUCAGAGCAAUACAAAGAGCCUUCAUCUCAAGUUAAAAGGCGUCGUAUGCUGCAGUUUGAUUCUGAAGUUCUUGAUGCUCCUCCUUUCAAUGAUGAUGCAUUUUUAAGAUCAAAGGAGACACAGGAAUCUCUCGCGGAUGCUCUAUCUGAAAUGUCUGAGUGGGCCGCUGGAUUUACAGCUGAAGGAACGUCUGCAUCUAUUGAUGAUUGUCUGGACCCGUCAUCUGAAGGUUGGAUCGCUGAUUGCAUUAAUGAUGCUGAAAUGCAUUUUUGCACUGAAGAAAUUGCUUCUGAUCCAUCUGAGGAUGUUCAAAUUGACAUUGCAGAACUUUGCAACUCACCUCCUCAAUUUGAUGCUACCCAAGUAAAGAAAAAUCCAGUCCGUACGCAUCAAAAUGUCGUUUUCAAAGGUAAAAAAUCGUAUAUACGCACACCUCCAAAACUGGCCUCAUCAGUUGUUUACCCUUUCGCCUUCAUUAAACCGUGUGCCAUCCAUGGUGACAUGACUCUGAAGGACAUAAAUCGAAAGAUACAUAAUCCGCCUAAAUCAAAGCCAAAUGAAGAUGAUCCAUCUGUUUCUUAUCCUACCUCGGCUUUCUCUGGUAAGCCUGUGGUCGGGAAAACCAAAAUCCGUACAGAAGGUGGAAAAGGGAGCAUCACUAUUAUGAGGACAAAAGGGUAA